ACUUGUCACCAUGGUGGAGACCCGUAGUGGGACGAGCACUAGCCCCUACACCCAGGAGCAACAGGAGAAGAUGGCCGCCUUAGUGAGAGAAAACAAAGAGAGGAAAGAGCUCCAAAAACGGGCGAAGCUAAAGGCUAUUGCAGAGGAGCAGGCGACAAAGAUGAAGAAAAUGGAGGAGGAGAUUAAGAGAGUUCAACAGGAGGAGGAAGAGAGGAGAAAGGCUGCCGAAGAGGAAGCAGCAGCAGAAGAAGCAAAAGAGGAUGCGUAUUGAGAGUAGAGAGGGGAGCAGUGGCACGAAAAAGGAUGAAGACACAGAGAUGGAGAAAAAGAUCAGCGAGUGGGUUGCUAAUUUAUCAUUGGGGGAAGACGAGGAGGCAGAGUCGUAUGUGCCACAGGAUGAGAAAGAUGCGUUAGCCAAGGAGCUAAUGGCAAUGGAGGACCCCAUGGAACGGCGAGAAAGAGAAGAGGAGCAGAAGUUGGAAUGGAAAUUGAGAAUGACGAGGGAGAAGAAGAGGAGGGAGGAAGUCAAUAGGCUGACCGUAGAGGUGGCAAAGGUGAAGGACUGUAGGCAAGAAGUGGAGGCCCAGGCAGACGACUCGGCCAAAUGGGAUAAGGUGCUGGGAUACUUGGAGGUGUUGAGCGCGGCUUGGAUGGAGGAGCGCCAAGCUAGUUGGAGUCAAGAGGUAGCCUUGAGUGCCAUGCAGCCGGGGUUUAGGGACUUUGCGCGCGAUAUGGUUACCCACGUUGGGGAAGAAGUUCGGAGGUUGAGAGACAACGUGGGGAAGUUUUGUGAGGGCGCUAUUGAGGGCGCCAAAGCGAUAGCCGCUGUAGAGGGCGAGGCCAGACUCCGCAAGGACCCGACAGGCCCGUUGGGCUGCCCAGCAGUCAAAAGGCAGCCGGCAGUAGGGGUUGCAACUGCCCCUACUUCAGGGCCAUGUGGAGAAGCGAGCGUGCGCGAACAGGAAAUUCUCAAACCACAUGAGCCUAUGGCAGAGGUUGCAGGCCCGUGCCUAGCUAGCUGUCCAGAGACUGCUUGUGUUAACGUCUCUCUAGGCACGUCCCUCACAGGUGUGGCAGAAGAGUUGAAGGAGAGGAUGCCAGUCUGGGCCAAAAUGAAGGAGGAGAGUAAGGGACAGCUGAUCUUGGUAGAUGUAGAAGUGUUCAGAAGCAGAGUAGGGGCCCUUAUAGAUUCACGGGCCACCCGCAGUUAUGUUAGCCGUAGGGCGCUGAAGAAGCUGAGGCUAGGAUUGAAAGUCCAAAAGUUAGCAGACCCUAUAGUCAGUGUCCGCGCAGACAACCGCACGAUGCGAGUUGAGGACUACGUAGAGGGAGUCUGGGAGUACUUCCGCCUAGAGAAGGAUGGGAAGGUGGAGAAAGUUCUCCAUUCCCUGACUCUCCUCGUACAGGAUGACCUGCCUUUCGACAUAGUGUUAGGAAUGGAUUGGGGAGAGGCAGCAGAGGCCACACUCCACUUGAGAGAGCAUGAGUGUAGGCUCCCGAGUCCGUCAGACGAGGUUAAGACUGCCCGCCUGUUUCAUGUGUCAGGUGUAGACAACACCUUGGCACAUUGCUGUCUCAGUGCUCCCACGUUCGCGCGGUUAGUGAAGAAGGAGCGAUUAGAGGAACAAAUCUUUGUAGUUUACGUUAGACUUGUGACUGAGGCUAAGGAAAAGGUGACUUCCAUAGAUCCAACAAUUGCCAAGCUGCUGGAAGAGUUCAAAGAUUUGACCGAGUCGCCGACAGGAGUAGUGCCACGACCCAUCCAGCACAGGAUAGAGAUAGAGCCUGGCAGUAGAACUCCUAAGGGAGCAGUCUACAGGAUGUCCCCUAGAGAGUUAGAGGAGUUACGCAAGCAGUUAGAUGAACUCCUCGAGAAAGGUUGGAUCAGGCCCAGUUCGUCUCCUUUUGGAGCACCGGUUCUGUUUGUCCCCAAGAAGGAAGGAGAGCUUCGUAUGUGUAUAGACUACAGGGGUUUGAAUGCGAUUACUGUAAAGAAUGCUGAGCCACUGCCUAGGAUAGACGAUCUCUUAGAUCGGGUGCAGGGUUGCAAGUAUUUCUUUAAGAUAGACUUGAAGUCCGGAUACCAUUAGAUAGAGGUCCAUCCUGAUGACCAGUACAAGACUGCAUUUUGGACUAGAUAUGGGCACUAUGAGUUUAUAGU